AUGCAGACUGCGAGCUUCACCUGCGUCAACUGGGACAAGGUGCUUCAGUUUUGGCUUCCCAUUGGUGAAGACAACCGGGGCUGGCCAUCCCUUUUCUUCCUUGUGCCGGUGCUCCUUGUGGGUGGAUAUGCGCAGGUCACCAGCGCCCAAGCUGGUAAGCUUGGAGGGUUUGAAGAGCUGGGAGGGCUUGCGCCUCGCCAGGUCAACUUCUGGUGCAGAGACCUCCCCCCACACCGAUCGGUCUACUUGGCCAUGGCUGGUGCCCUUCUUUGGCUGGGGACGAUGCUGGACCACCCGGCCUUUGGCGUUGAAGAGACGGAGGGCAUUCGGCCCUAUGCCCUUCCAUGGCUGGCCAUCUUCAGCCCAUCAGCUUGCUGCAUCUUGGCCAUGGGUACUUCGAGCCCGAACACGAGGCAGAGGUCCCUUUUGCACCAGGCAGCCCUCGUUCUCCUGUUGCCUGCUCUGCUGGCUUUCAUCUCUCGUGAGCGGGAGCACACCAUGGGAUAUCACCAUGGGCACCGCUUUCUAAUCGUCUCCUGGACCUUCCUCGGAAUCUUCCUUGCGCUUCUCGCCUUGGCAUUUGCCCCGGAGCCGCGCGUCUCCUCGUGGCUGCGGAAGUUUGCGAUGCUUGUGUGCUGUGUGUCCUACAUCAACGGAGGCAUCUCCAAGAUCCUGAACAACCGACCCUUUCUGGCAUACUUGGAUGGCAAGGUGCUCCAGAAAGCCACUUUCUGCUUCUCCAUGGUGGCAAACAUCUACAAGGGCGUGGGGUAUCCUUGGCUUGCCAGGCAGGUCGCCUUACAUCUCCCCUUCUCGCAGCUUCUCUGCGCUUUUGCCUUGCUGUUUGAGCUGCCGCUCUCCAUUUCCGCACUCAUGGGGCCCGGCUGCUUCGGUGAACUCGGCCCAGUACGGAUUCUCUGGUGCCUGGCCGCUUGCUCAUUCCACUUCGGUGUGAGCUCUUUGUGGGGAAGCCUCCCAGCCAGCAUGUAUAACUACGAGGCCUGGGUGAUCUUGGUGCUCGUUGCGGACGUGUUCGGCAAGUGGUUUUGCUGGUCAGCUUCGACCGAGAAGCCAUCGGACGUUAAGGCCACUCAGCCAGGUACUCCCGCAUGCUCGCAGGACGCACUGACAGCGCUGUCGCUGCUCUGCUCAUGUGCCCUCUUCGCUUGGAUCGCCGUCGCCCUGGUCCGCCACUUCGACGACCCCAAGUGGCCGAUCACUUCGGUGAACAUGUUCUCCAUGCUCUGCGGCAACAUGGACUGCGACGAGAGCUUUCGAGCCAGCACCUACAAUGUGCCCAGGUGGUGCGCAGUUGCCUUGAGUCUGGCAGGCACAUCCAUCGUCCUUGCAAGGCCACCAAAGAAGGCGAAGAACUCGUCUGACGCCGAGAUGCCUCGAUGA